AUGACUACCAACGCCGUCCCCGACACACAAUUGGGUCUCACGGCCGAGGAGGUUCAGCUCCUGCGCCAGGGCCAGGCCGCCCUCGCCAACGGCGGCGGUGGCUCAAGCUCUUCCCGCGCUGCCAGCCGCGCCAGCAGUCAAGGCCUUCUCCUCCUCGACAGCUCCUCGCUUGCCGCCCUCGGCCGCUACUUUGAUCGCCUCAUGGCCAGCAUCGAGCAGAACAUCCAGUACCUCAGCGAGCAGGCCCAGAUGUUCACCCAGGUCCAGUACGACCGCGCCGGCAACAUCAUCGACGGCGCCGACGCCGAGAUUGCCCGCUACCACGAGAUCCUGCGCCAGCUCGACGAACUGGAGACGGACUUUGAUCGCAUCGCCAAUGUUAAGGAUAUUGUCAAGGGUUACCGCUCGAGGGUCGAAGACUUGGAGCGCAGUCUCGACGCGAGCGGUUCCUCGAGCCGACACAAGCAUUCAUCCUCCAGUUCGCACAAGCACAGCUCACGCCAUCACGGCAGCUCUUCCCAUCGCCAUCGACGUUGA